AUGACAACUUCCAAUCGAUGCACCGAGUUUCCCGCCCCGGGGCUCCGAAACCCCUUCCGCUAUGUUACUGGCCAUGAUAGUAACGGCGAGCCAACAUUUCUACUGACAGAUCAUGGCGAUCAUCGCGCGGUUAUGCUAGACGGUGAAGGUGCUCAAAGCAUCAUGUACAGCAGCAACAGUAACCCAGUAGAACUUACGAACAAUGUCGACCUGGAAUUUGCCAGAACGAACAGACCUUCUCUCCACAUUCCAUAUGGCUGUGUCGUCCGCCUAGUAGACUUUGCACCAGGCGGUGAGUCCAAUAUGCAUCGCGCUUUGAGUCUUGGGAUAGGAACUGUCUGUGAAGGCGAAGUUGAGCUCAGUUUGAGCGAAGACGGAAAGGAAAAGCCGGCUCGCGUUCUCUUUGUUAUGCUGGACGUUGAACCGGUUUUCGUUAACGGUAAGGCCUUAGAAUUUGACAUGGGUGAGCUUAUGAAGGAGUAUGGUGACUACAAGGAGGGCGAGGGCGCAAACAAGAUAACAGGCCUCGGAUACGAGUUCACUCGCCAGCUUUCUAGCGACCAUAGCAACACGGUUGUCGGUAUCGUGCGCGACAAGCCUGCGACUGUGACAAAGAUUUCUCAAGAUGCAGAGCUAAACCGACGCUCCAACAUUCAUGUUAUCCAAGCUGACUUGACGAACUAUAACGCACUCAAGGUAAGAAGAAUAUCUGAAAGAAUCCAUUUUGUACCAGGCGGAGAACUGACAGACCCUCCCCCAUCGAUGCAGCUCGGUAGGGUUGACACAAUGUGCUGCAGCCACAGAUUCUGGGCCGAAGCCCCCGUAAAGGAGGAUCUAGUGUUCCGAGUCUGGGCGGACCCACAGAACUUGGAUAGAGGUUUUGAUGAGGCCUUCCUGCGUAACUACCUGGGCUACCUGCGAGAUUGCGCAGAUCAAAACAUACAACCUUCGGUCUUUCAGCUCGCUUUACUUGGCUGGAGCGGUGAUACCCUCCUAACGCCGCGAUGUGGGGAGACUAUUCUUGGGAUAUCAAGCAACCUAUGA